AUGAAGAGAUUAGUGUGGUUGAGUGUACUUUCUUUGUCUAUUGCUGUCAUCAAUAUUCAAGCCAAACAGGUUCGUAACCAUGUCAGCAGCAUCUGCAGCACAUGGGGCAGAGAGCACUUCAAGACAUUUGAUGGUGACGUUUACCAGUUUCCUGGUAUGUGUGAAUACAACCUGGCCUCCGAUUGCCAUGAGACUUACCAGGAGUUCUCGGUGCACAUGAAGAGAAAAGAGAAAGAUGGAAACCUUACAGUCAGUUAUGUGGUGGUCACCAUCAGUGACCUUUCAUUCCACCUCACCAAGAGUCUGGUUAAGAUGAAUGACCAUCAUGUCAAAAUGCCAUACUACAAUGGUGGAGUACAAGUGGAAAAAAAUGCUGUUUACAUCAAGCUCCAGUCUAAAGUUGGCAUUACUGUCAUGUGGAACGGUGAUGAUGCAGUCAUGGUAGAGCUGGAUCAUGAUUAUGCUAAUCGUACUUGUGGACUUUGUGGAGACUUCAAUGGUGUUUCUGUUGACAAUGAGUUCAUUCGUAAUGGCCGCAAAAUGAGCCCCGUUGAGUUUGGCAACAAACAGAAAGUCCAUCGUCCAAACGAUGAUUGUGAGGACCCCUAUGAAGAGGAAGAUGAACCACUAGAGAAUGUGACUGUGUCAGAUUCUUGCAAGAACUUUCAAACCACCUGUAACGAGAUGCUGCAUUCAGAGUCCUGGAGCUCCUGCACCAAACUGAUUGACCCUGCACCUUACAUCCAGGCCUGUGUGCAGGACAUGUGUGGCUGCAUCAACAGUACAAAUGACUUCUGUGUCUGCAGUACACUGUCUGAGUUCUCUCGACAGUGUUCCCAUGCUGGAGGAGAGCCUCCCAACUGGAGGACACCUCAGUUCUGUGCUAAACAGUGCCCAUUCAACAUGGUUUAUGAAGAGAGUGGUUCUCCUUGCAUGAACACUUGCACACACUCGGACACAAGUUCACUGUGUGAGGACCACAAAAUGGACGGCUGCUUCUGUCCUAAUGGAACUGUGUUGGAUGAUAUUUCCAUGAGAGGAUGCAUCGCUCAAUCUGAAUGUCAGUGCAAGCACAACAAAAUCUACAACUCUGGUGAGGUCUACCAACGAGGCAGUGAGGAAUGUACAUGUUUUCAUGGUAAAUGGAGUUGUGAGAGCCUCCCAACACCUGCAACAUGUGCUGUUGAAGAGGGUUCACAUGUAACUACGUUUGAUGGGAAAACUUUCACCUUCCACGGAGAUUGUUAUUACACCUUAGCCAAGGUGGAAAGCAAGGAUGACGAUAGUCCAAAGUUCAACAUCCUGGUCCAGUUGGAGCCAUGUGUAAACCAAGAGUUUGACACUUGUCUGAAGUCCCUUAAAAUCCUGCUGAACAAUGACAGAAAUAAUGUAUUCAUUUUCACUUCUGAUGGGACAGUAAAGCAGAAUAUGCAGACCGUCAGUUUGCCGUACCAUUCAGGUGACAUCAACAUAUUCCGCGCUUCAUCCUUUCACAUUUUUCUCCAGACCAAUUUUGGGUUGCAAAUUCAAAUCCAACAUGUGCCUGUCAUGCAAGUGUAUGUCAGCCUGGAACAGAGCUACAAAUCAAAGACACGUGGUUUAUGUGGUAACUACAACAUGAUCAUGUCUGAUGACAUGAAGACUCCUCAGGAGAUUGUGGAGGGAACAGCAAUCACUUUUAGUAACUCCUGGAAGGCUAACUCCGUGUGCGAAGACAGAGAAGAAAGACUUGAUGACCCCUGCUCCCUCAGUGUGGAAAAUGAGGAGUACGCCAAACAAUGGUGCGCUUUGCUAAUAAGUGCAAAUGAUACCUUCGCACAGUGUCAUUCAGUGGUGGAUCCUGAGAUGUACUACAAGCGGUGUACUUAUGCAACCUGUAACUGUGAGAAGAGUGAGGCCUGUCUGUGUGCCGUCUUCUCCUCCUACGCACGAGCUUGUGCAUCUAACGGAGUGUUCUUGACAAAUUGGAGAGACAAUGUGUGCGAUAAAUACACAAAGAGCUGCCCAGCAUCCCAGACCUUUUCUUACAAGCAUCAGAGAUGCCAGUUGACGUGUAGAUCACUGGGCUCAAAGCAGGAGAGCUGCACUUCUGACUUCUUGCCUGUGGAUGGCUGCUCCUGCGCUGAGGGUCUCUACCUAAAUGAAAAGGGCAUCUGUGUCCCCAUGGCAAAAUGUCAAUGCUACCACGAUGGCGCCUACAUCAAGCCAGGAAAGUCUGUAAACAUCAAGGAUGACCACUGUGUGUGCACUAAUGGAGUGCUUCACUGCCAUUCUUGGAAAGCCCGCUCAUCAAAGUGUCACUCCCCAAAAGUAUUCUUCAACUGCUCCAUUGCUGGCACAGGACAGCAUUGCCCUCGAACUUGUUCAAAUUUGGACAACGAUGAUUGUGACUCCACAGAGUGUAAAUCAGGCUGUCGCUGUCCAUUUGGCCUUGUUGAUGAUGGCAAAGGUUCCUGUGUGAAAGAACAUGAAUGUCCAUGUCAGCAUGAUGGGCAUCUCUAUAUGCGUGGAACACAAAUUUCUAACAAGUGCAACACUUGUACCUGCAAAAGUGGAAAAUGGGAGUGCACAAAGAAAGAAUGCCCAGGAACCUGCAUUAUUUAUGGAAGUGGUCAUUACACUACAUUUGAUCAGCGAACAUAUGGGUUUCAAGGACAGUGUUCCUAUGUUGCUGUCAAGAAUAAAUGUGGCAAUAAAACAGUACAGGACAACUUCGGAGUUAUCACAGAAAAUGUACCAUGUGGCACCACAGGCACCACAUGCUCCAAAACUGUCCGAAUCCAACUUGGGAGAAUGGAAGUCAAACUGUCAAAGGGUAAAUAUGAAAAGGAGGACCAGGGACAUGGCAGUGAGAUUCCGUUCAAAAUAAGGAGGGUUGGCUUGUAUCUGGUGAUAGAAUCAUCUGCCAUUGGUCUGACAGUGUUAUGGGAUAAGAAAACUACAGUUCGCAUCAUCCUGGAACCACAGCACAUUGGAGAGGUAUGUGGCCUGUGUGGAAAUUUUGAUGGUGAUGGACAGAAUGACUUCACCACCCAGGGUCAGCUGAAAGUGAGCAAUCUGUUAGAAUUUGCUAACAGCUGGAAAGUGUCCAGCAAUUGUCCAGAUGCAAUAACUAAUGUGGAUCCUUGUGGAGCAAAACCCAACAGACAUCACUGGGCAAAAAUUAUGUGCAACAUUAUAAAUGGUGAUACUUUCAAAGGCUGCCACAAAAAGGUAGAUCCUCGUCCAUUUUAUGAAAACUGUGUGAAAGACUCAUGUGCCUGUGACACUGGAGGAGACUGUGAAUGUUUCUGCUCAGCAGUUGGAGCUUAUGCUCAAGCUUGUAAUGAGGCUGGUGUCUGUGUUGCAUGGAGAACUCCAGAAAUUUGUCCUGUCUUUUGUGACUACUACAAUGAACCGGGUGAAUGCAAGUGGCACUACUAUCCUUGUCAUACACCUUGUUACGAGACCUGUUUGAAUCCACAAGGAAAUUGCAACAACUCUAUACCCAACCUGGAAGGCUGUUACCCUGUGUGUCCACAUGAUAAGCCCAUAUUUGAUGAGGAGAAGCAGAUAUGUGUGAAGGAGUGUGAAAUAACUACUACACCACCUCCCACCACAACACCAAUCACUAGGCCAACCACAACCAUAACAUCUACAACAUCAACCACCACCAGUCCUACUACAACUGAGAGGCCAACCACAACCACAACUACAACCUCUACAACACCAACAACCGUACCUUCUACUACAACUGAGAGGCCAACCACAACCACAACAUCUACAACACCAACUACCAUAACUCCUACUACAACUGAGAGGCCAACCACAACUACAACCUCUACAACAUCAACCACCAUACCUUCUACUACAACUGAAGGGCCAACCGCAACCACAACAUCUACAACACCAACCACCAUAACUCCUACUACAACUGAGAGGCCAACCACAACCACAACAUCUACAACAUCAACCACCACUAGUCCUACUACAACCGAGAGGCCAAGCACAACCACAACUACAACCUCUACAACACCAACCACCGUACCUUCUACUACAACUGAAGGGCCAACCACAACCACAACAUCUACAACACCAACCACCCUUCUACCUACUACAACUGAGAGGCCAACCACAACGACAACUACAACCUAUACAACACCAACCACUGUACCUUCUACUACAACUGAAGGGCCAACCACAACCACAACAUAUACAACACCAACCACUGUUAUUCAUACUACAACUGAGAGGCCAACCACAACCACAACAUCUACAACACCAACCACCAUAACUCCUACUACAACUGAGAGGCCAACCACAACCACAACUACAACCUCUACAACACCAACCACCAUACCUUCUACUACAACUGAAGGGCCAACCACAACCACAACAUCUACAACACCAACCACCAUAACUCCUUCUACAACUGAGAGGCCAACCACAACCACAACAUCUACAACACCAACCACCAUACCUUCUACUACAACUGAAGGGCCAACCACAACCACAACAUCUACAACACCAACUACCGUAACUCCUACUACAACUGAGAGGCCAACCACAACCACAACAUCUACAACAUCAACCAUCACUACUCCUACUACAACUGAGAGGCCAACCACAACGACAACUACAACCUAUACAACACCAACCACCGUACCUUCUACUACAACUGAAGGGCCAACCACAACCACAACAUCUACAACACCAACCACCCUUCUACCUACUACAACUGAAAGCCCAACCACAACUACAACAUCUACAACACCAACCACUCUAGGUCCUACUACAACUGAAGGCCCAACCACAACUACAACCUCUACGACACCAACCACCAUAUAUUCUACUACAACUGAAGGUCCUACUACAACUGAGAGGCCAACCACAACCACAACUACAACCUCUACAACACCAACAACCGUACCUUCUACUACAACUGAGAGGCCAACCACAACCACAACAUCUACAACACCAACCACCAUUACUCCUACUACAACUGAGCGGCCAACCACAACCACAACCACAAUAUCUACAACACCAACCACCAUACCUUCUACUACAACUGAAGGGCCAACCACAACCACAACAUCUACAACACCAACUACCAUAACUCCUACUACAACUGAGAGGCCAACCACAACUACAACCUCUACAACAUCAACCACCAUACCUUCUACUACAACUGAAGGGCCAACCGCAACCACAACAUCUACAACACCAACCACCAUAACUCCUACUACAACUGAGAGGCCAACCACAACCACAACAUCUACAACAUCAACCACCACUAGUCCUACUACAACCGAGAGGCCAAGCACAACCACAACUACAACCUCUACAACACCAACCACUGUACCUUCUACUACAACUGAAGGGCCAACCACAACCACAACAUAUACAACACCAACCACUGUUAUUCAUACUACAACUGAGAGGCCAACCACAACCACAACAUCUACAACACCAACCACCAUAACUCCUACUACAACUGAGAGGCCAACCACAACCACAACUACAACCUCUACAACACCAACCACCAUACCUUCUACUACAACUGAAGGGCCAACCACAACCACAACAUCUACAACACCAACCACCAUAACUCCUUCUACAACUGAGAGGCCAACCACAACCACAACAUCUACAACACCAACCACCAUACCUUCUACUACAACUGAAGGGCCAACCACAACCACAACAUCUACAACACCAACUACCGUAACUCCUACUACAACUGAGAGGCCAACCACAACCACAACAUCUACAACAUCAACCAUCACUACUCCUACUACAACUGAGAGGCCAACCACAACGACAACUACAACCUAUACAACACCAACCACCGUACCUUCUACUACAACUGAAGGGCCAACCACAACCACAACAUCUACAACACCAACCACCUUUACUCCUACUACAACUGAGAGGCCAACCGCAACCACAACAUCUACAACAAUAACCACCACUACUCCUACUACAACUGAGAGGCCAACCACAACCAUAAGAUCUACAACACCAACCACCAUACCUCUUACUACAAAUGAGAGGCCAACCACAACCACAACUACAACAUCUACAACACCAACCACUCUACCUCCUACUACAACUGAAGGGCCAACCACAACCACAACAUAUACAACACCAACCACCGUUAUUCCUACUACAACUGAGAGUCCAACCACAACAUCUACAACACCAACCACCAUAACUCCUACUACAACUGAGAGGCCAACCACAACAUCUACACCAUCAACCACCACCAGUCCUACUACAACUGAGAGGCCAACCACAACCACAACUACAACCUCUACAACACCAACCACCGUACCUUCUACUACAACUGAAGGGCCAACCACAACCACAACAUCUACAACACCAACCACCAUUACUCCUACUACAACUGAGAGGCCAACCACAACUACAACCUCUACAACACCAACCACCGUACCUUCUACUACAACUGAAGGGCCAACCACAACCACAAUAUCUACAACACCAACCACCAUAACUCCUACUACAACUGAGAGGCCAACCACAACCACAACUACAACCUCUACAACACCAACCACCAUACCUUCUACUACAACUGAAGGGCCAACAACAACCACAACAUCUACAACACCAACCACCAUAACUCCUACUACAACUGAGAGUCCAACCACAACCAUAAGAUCUACAACACCAACCACCAUACCUCUUACUACUACUGAGAGGCCAACCACAACCACAACUAUUACAUCUACAACAACAACCACUCUACCUCCUACUACAACUGAAGGGCCAACCACAACCACAACAUCUACAACACCAACUACCGUAACUCCUACUACAACUGAGAGGCCAACCACAACCACAACAUCUACAACAUCAACCAUCACUAGUCCUACUACAACCGAGAGGCCAAUCACAACCACAACUACAACCUCUACAACACCAACCACUGUACCUUCUACUACAACUGAAGGGCCAACCACAACCACAACAUAUACAACACCAACCACUGUUAUUCCUACUACAACUGAGAGGCCAACCACAACCACAACAUCUACAACACCAACCACCAUAACUCCUACUACAACUGAGAGGCCAACCACAACCACAACUACAACCUCUACAACACCAACCACCAUACCUUCUACUACAACUGAAGGGCCAACCACAACCACAACAUCUACAACACCAACCACCAUAACUCCUUCUACAACUGAGAGGCCAACCACAACAACAACCACAACAUCUACAACACCAACCACCAUACCUUCUACUACAACUGAGAGGCCAACCACAACCACAACAUCUACAACAUCAACCAUCACUACUCCUACUACAACUGAGAGGCCAACCACAACGACAACUACAACCUAUACAACACCAACCACUGUACCUUCUACUACAACUGAAGGGCCAACCACAACCACAACAUCUACAACACCAACCACCUUUACUCCUACUACAACUGAGAGGCCAACCGCAACCACAACAUCUACAACAAUAACCACCACUACUCCUACUACAACUGAGAGGCCAACCACAACCAUAAGAUCUACAACACCAACCACCAUACCUCUUACUACAACUGAGAGGCCAACCACAACCACAACUACAACAUCUACAACACCAACCACUCUACCUCCUACUACAACUGAAGGGCCAACCACAACCACAACAUAUACAACACCAACCACCGUUAUUCCUACUACAACUGAGAGUCCAACCACAACAUCUACAACACCAACCACCAUAACUCCUACUACAACUGAGAGGCCAACCACAACAUCUACACCAUCAACCACCACCAGUCCUACUACAACUGAGAGGCCAACCACAACCACAACUACAACCUCUACAACACCAACCACCGUACCUUCUACUACAACUGAAGGGCCAACCACAACCACAACAUCUACAACACCAACCACCAUUACUCCUACUACAACUGAGAGGCCAACCACAACCACAACUACAACCUCUACAACACCAACCACCGUACCUUCUACUACAACUGAAGGGCCAACCACAACCACAAUAUCUACAACACCAACCACCAUAACUCCUACUACAACUGAGAGUCCAACCACAAUCAUAAGAUCUACAACACCAACCACCAUACCUCUUACUACUACUGAGAGGCCAACCACAACCACAACUACUACAUCUACAACAACAACCACUCUACCUCCUACUACAACUGACGGGCCAACCACAACCACAACAUCUACAACACCAACUACCGUAACUCCUACUACAACUGAGAGGCCAACCACAACCACAACAUCUACAACAUCAACCAUCACUAGUCCUACUACAACCGAGAGGCCAAGCACAACCACAACUACAACCUCUACAACACCAACCACUGUACCUUCUACUACAACUGAAGGGCCAACCACAACCACAACAUAUACAACACCAACCACUGUUAUUCCUACUACAACUGAGAGGCCAACCACAACCACAACAUCUACAACACCAACCACCAUAACUCCUACUACAACUGAGAGGCCAACCACAACCACAACUACAACCUCUACAACACCAACCACCAUACCUUCUACUACAACUGAAGGGCCAACCACAACCACAAUAUCUACAACACCAACCACCAUAACUCCUACUACAACUGAGAGGCCAACCACAACCACAACUACAACCUCUACAACACCAACCACCAUACCUUCUACUACAACUGAAGGGCCAACAACAACCACAACAUCUACAACACCAACCACCAUAACUCCUACUACAACUGAGAGUCCGACCACAACCAUAAAAUCUACAACACCAACCACCAUACCUCUUACUACAACUGAGAGGCCAACCACAACCACAAGUACUACAUCUACAACAACAACCACUCUACCUCCUACUACAACUGAAGGGCCAACCACAACCACAACAUAUACAACACCAACCACCGUUAUUCCUACUACAACUGAGAGUCCAACCACAACCACAACAUCUACAACACCAACCACCAUAACUCCUACUACAACUGAGAGGCCAACCACAACCACAACUACAACCUCUACAACA